AUGUGUAUAAUCAUAGUAGAUGUUAGAAAAUUGUCAUCGUAACUCUUUGAAAUAGCUCAAAAACUCGAAAUAUUUGAUAGAAAAUUAAAAUAAAAGAAUAAAGUCACCACCAACACACAUAAUAAAAUAUUUAGGCUAUUUGUAUAUAUACGAUAAGAAAAAUAUCAAGUUAACUCUAAAAUUUUUAUCAGAUUUAUUUACUAUUCAAGAAUCAAUGUUAUUACCUCAAAAAAAAAAAAAUACAAAAAAUUAGAAUAACAGCCCAAAAAUUGGGCUUAAAUGGCCCCCGACAAAAUGGGCCGGUCGCUAUCAAGCUUUCGAGCCCAACUUUAUUUUAUUUUACUAAUUAUUCAUUAAUUUAUUAAAAAGAAUAAAAUUGGUUUGAAACAUUUUGUGGUUUUCUGUGAAACAAACACUACGACGGAGCUCACACCAGAAUCACUACACCGUCGUCGCCGUCGCGAUAUCUCCACGCCGAAGUCCUCCAUCGCCCCUUAAGGUGGUCGCAGCUAGGAUUUGGGUGGCGGUUAUGAGCUGUUGUGAUUUUAUUUUAAGAAUUCUGGUUGUGAAUCGGAUUAUGAGUUGAGGUGAGGUCGAAUGGUCCAUUGUUUGACUAGAGAUUGUUCGACGAGAAACCCUUGAUUUUGUUUGUUGGAGGCAAACGACGUUGUUCUAGAGCUGUAGACAGUUCGAUGGCGAAGAAGGGGACGGUGAGGGAGCUCUCCUCCAUUUUUCCUGCGGAGGAAGCGCAGAAGGCGUCAAUGCGGGUGCAGGAGACAGUUGCCGAGCGCCGCCGCGAGCUCGAAAAACUCAGGAGCUUCAUGGACGAUAACACCAGCUUAAUAAACCUCGUUCGGAAACUUCCCGACGAAACUCACCACGAUAUCAUGGUUCCGUUUGGGCAGGCAGCCUUUUUUCCCGGCCGAAUGACUAACCCUAAUAAAUUUUUGGUCCUUUUAGGGGAAGGCUACCAUGCUGAGAGAUCAGCCAAACAAACAGUCGAGAUUUUGAAAAGACGAGGCAAAGCUCUAGAGACACAAAUCGAAUCUCUGAACGCUGUAAUGGAGGACUUGAAGCUUGAGGCUUCAUUCUUUGAUAAUACAGCCCAUGAAUCAGCGGAGGGCGUUGUAGAAAUCAGGGAAGAUUACGUUGAGGAUGAGGAAGCUCCUUCCGGCACAGCACCUACAUCGGGAAAUAAAAGAUCUGAUUCGGCUCCUCCUCUUGAGGUGGAUAAUGGAGAAGCUGCAGUUGAAGAUGAAGAGUAUGCACGCAUAUUAGCACGGAUGGCUGAACUAGAAAAAGAGGAGGAAGAAGCUGAAGAGGCCAAUGGAUCUGAUGAGGUCAAGCAGUUACAAAAUGAACAAGAUAAGACCCUCAGGCGUGAUUCUACUGAUCAAGAAGUUAGAAGUAUUCCGGCUGCAACUCGGGAGGCACCAUUGGUAUCUAAAGGUACUCAUCCAGAGGGGGCAUCUCAUGGAGAUCAUCCAGCACGCAGUAAUGUUGUGGAAAACAAGGAUUUCAGGCCACCUCAAGAUGAAAAGAAGAUUCUAUCUCCUUUCCCGGCCAGCAACUCAGCCUUCACUGGUUCGAUCGUUGAACAUGCUCAUAACGUCGGAGGGAAUGCACCACAGCAGCAGGGUGGUGUCCGGAGCUCAAAACCCGUUUCGAGGUUUAAGAUGCAGAGGAAGUAGUAAGAGAUUCUGGGACUCGAACGUGUUAUGCACCCCAUAUUCUCGUGUAAAUUUUGAGGUUGUUUGAUUUCCAUAGACCAAAAAUCCAUUUGAAAUGGUUUUUUGUGAAGCGUUUUAACCACCUAUUUUAGUGAUCAUAGAGAAAUCAGUUAAAAA